CCGGGUCACAGGGGUCAGGUGGUCAGGUCACGUGACCACAGGUAAGUGGGCUCCGCCCUGCCAUGAAACAGUACAGGCUGCACCGUUAGCGGGACCUAUACCACCCUUACCGUCCUCUAACCGACUCUCCAACGUCUUCUUAACUCUAAUCUUCGCGUUGAAGUCCGUGGUAAGAUCAGUCGCUUCUGCUGAACGUACGGAGGGCUGGUCGGAGCAGCGUUUUGAUUGGUUAUUGUCGGGUUGUUGUUUUCAGUUCCGUUACUGCUGUGGUGUGGAGCUGUGACGUCAGGCAAGGUUUGACCAUGAGCAACUCUGGACGCUUCCAUCGGGCAGCCCGAGAUGGAUACUUAGACCUACUGAAGGAGGCCACUCGGAAGGACUGUAACGAACGGGAUGAACUUGGAAUGACGCCGACCUUGUGGGCUGCAUACCAUGGCAACCUGGAUGCACUGAGACUGUUAGUGAGCAGAGGGGGUGACCCUGACAAGACAGACUACCAGGGCAGCACAGCGCUGCACCACGCGGCGGCUAACGGACACAUCAGCUGCCUCACCUUCCUGGUGCAGUUCGGCUGUAACAUCUGGGGGCUGGACAACGACUAUCACACACCUCUGGAUGUGGCUGCCAUGAACGAGAGGAUGGACUGUGUACGCUAUCUGGACUCUGUGGUAGCUCAACAGUCCAAGAUGAAUGCAAAGGUUGUAAAGAAACUGAAGGACAAACAAUUUAAGGAGGCAGAGAAGAGGAUUAAGAAGUUCAGCAAGAUGCAGAAAGAACAGGAGCGCCGUGUGGAGAAGUAUCAUGUGAAAGAGAAAAAGUUAUCUACAUCUGAAGAAAACGGUCCGGCGCCAGCUGCCCCACAUCGACGCAGCUUCCACCCAAACACUCACAUGAACUUCUCCGAGGCCACUGCGAUGUCCAAGAAAAAGGGCAUACCCAAGAAGAUAGCCGAUAAGAGAAAACAAAGUGAUUCUGCUGGUGCUGUGUUUAAGGUCAGCAGCAUAGAGGAUGGGAAGCGCAGCAUCCGUUCUCUGACUGGAACCCGGAUGCUGCAGGACCAGAACGUCCUCCUGGGGAACCCUGUCUCCGCCAAGGGUCAAAGGUCUUCUGUUACUGACAUGUCAGAUGAAGAAGAUGACGAUUCCCUCUCUCGUGCUGUCAGUGAACCAAACUUCAACUACAGGGAUGGCAGUGACACCCAGAGUACCAUACUGGACAGACCUGGUUUUGGGAACAUCGUGUUUCGCCAAAACUACCCGACAGCAGCCAUGUUUUCUCUGCCUGCGGGACAGCAGAACGGAGGACAGGACAAUGAUCAGAUUGACAGGUUAGACUCCAUAACCACCAUCCUGGCUGCACAGGAAGCUUACGACCACGACCCAGCCACCGGCCUGGUCAACAGCGGCAGCGGGCUGUCCGCAGACCGACCUUGGGAGGACGACGACCUUGACCUUGAGGACGAGCUGAACGGCAACGCCUCCUCCCCACUCCAGUUGUUCCUGAGCAUCCACAACCUAGCGGAGUACCUGCCCAUAUUCCACAGGGAACAGAUCGACCUGGAUGCGCUCAUGCUGUGCACGGAUGAAGACCUGAAGAGCAUCAACCUUCCUCUUGGUCCACGCAAGAAGCUGAUGGAUGCUGUGACCAGGCGGAAAGCCGUGUUACACGAGCCGGGAUCUCUCGAGGACACUGCAUUGUGAUUAUAGCAACUCAGAGAUUACACCUUUAACCAUAAUUGAUUUGUUGAUGGCUGCAGAGUUAGACUAUUAUUACUGGCUAGCCUGGAUUCCAGACUGUUUCCAGAGCCCUACUUAGACCCUGAACAAUAGGGGGGAACCCUUACUCAGAAUGACUCUUGUAGAAUUUCCUUGGGGACAUGUUUGCCCAAGGAGUUUGCAUGUGUAGGCCCAGGAAACGGUCUGGCAUCCAGGCUAGCCCUUUGGCCUGAUUGCCCCAGGCAAGUGAAAAUGACAAUCUAAGGCAAGUGCAUCAUGUCCUCUUGUACUAAUGGCUGAUGGCUGAUCGGGCCAGCAUGAUUUAUUGCAACAUUGGUCCACCAGCUUAAUUGACUAAAUUGUGCAGAGCUAAAACAUUGUUACAUACAUUUAAGUGCCUAUGUGACUGAAAAAUAAAAGGAUAUCCUUGCUGGGGGUAUAAUUGCAUAGAAAUGUGUCAUCUGAAUUUUAUCCCAGUAAAAAUUUGAUUCAGCUAACUGGAAAUGACCAUUAGUGUUUUUAUAAAAACUUGUCAAUCCUGGGAUAUUGGUGCUGUGAUCUCAGACAGGAAGAACAGUGUAAUGUUGCACAUGAUUAACACUUGGAAAGCUAAGGACACAUCAAUUCUAUUAGGUGAUUCUCUGAUUUUUUUCCUAGAAAGGUAUGAAGCAAAAAAAGCGUAAUACAUUUUUGUAUUCUAAUCUGAUGCCGGUACCAUCAUUGUACAGUAGUAUGUGACUCGUUUGCUAAGAAUUAUA